AUCGCGUUUUUAUUCAUCGUUGAAUAUAAAUUUAAAUUGUAGUAUAAAAUAUUUCGCACCGAACAGAUGAAAAAGUUACAUAAUCGUUGCGAAUGUAUUGCUUCGCUUUGAUCUCGGUAUUUGCGUAAUAUUCAUGAAAAAUCACUGCAGGAAAAUAGUUUUCGUAACGGCGAGAACUUUUCAGUCGAAAUUAGGAUUUCGUAGAAAAGUGACUCGCGCGUCGUACUCGGUUAACGUAAACACUAGACACAACGUGGUAGUCAUUGCAUCUGCGCGCUGCGAGAGGAAAAAAGAAAACACGUAACCGGAUAUCGUCGAACGAAACUGCAACACUCCGCAGCAAAUUUUCGCGCGCGAUCUAUCGAUUAACAAAGCUUCUGCCACCGGGCGAUUCUAACGACCGUGUCCACGAAUUCACUUCUCGAAACCGAAUGCAUUAAAAUUCAAACGAACCUGCACCGUGCACCGGCCACUCGAGGUUUAACGGUCCGAUUCGCGGAUUCAUAUCUUUCAACGAGCAAUUCGAGCACGCUUCGCGUCGGAGAUCUUUCGAGAGACCGAUGAGAAUCGAUAAUUAUUGUGUUUGCUGAGUCUUAGCGCGAUUUAAAAUUCAAAUCGUUACCGUUCCGACGCGAAAACAACCACCGCGAGCCGACGUUGCCGCCGCGUAAGUCUUCGAGGCGCCACAGAUCACAAUUAUUCGACUAUCGAUUUUAUUGGAGAUCGUUCGGUUCCGUAACCGCUUUCGCCGUGAAAUUACGACGGGCCUGCAGUGCUGUGAAUCGUGAUUGACGUUGUCGUUCAAAUCCGAACGGUGAGAAACGAGGAAAGAAUUUUGUGUGUUCAAGAAUUCAGCUACGGGCGUGAAAAGAUUUAAAGGGCGGAGGAACGUUGAAGUUCGUGACACGGGUCGGGACAAGAAGACGCUCGAAAAAUAUGGAGGAGGGGGCGGAAUAAUACACAGGCAGAUCCCUUGGAACGCGAGCAGCAUAGUCGUAAAAUCGAACUUGAGGAAUCCAUAAACUACUCUAAAAACAGGGAUCGCCGGUACCGAAUAAACGCACCGUUCCUCCCCCUCUGCUCGUGAUCGAGUAUCCUGUGCCUAAGCCCCGUUGGUUUCUUGCCCCGGGAUCAAUUUGAAACCGAUGCCAGGAAUGGGGCGCAUUUUACGAGGCAGCGUGCGUCGCAUAACAGAAAGGGCCCUCGACGAUCCACGCUGCGCCCGCGUUACCAAAGAACUGGAUCGUUCGUGCUCGUGUAUACACGUGUCGCGUCAAGGCCAGGUGGGGCGUUGCUGAAUUCGCUCGGUGAACCGCGUCCAAUCGGUGACUAUGCGGAUCGAAGGACAAAGUCGAGGUUCGGUAUCCGUGGUAGUGAACAGGUUCACGCGGCACAGGCGUCAUAGUUCGCUCGUGGACAAAGUGCCCUGGUGUCGAGGAUGCCUCGAGGCUGGUGAACGAAACGCUGUCGAUGGACGAGUCGCCGCUGCGUACCGGUGAAAGAGUACGGAUGUAGCUCUGACAGGGUGUGGGACACGAAGGACACCAUGGACGGGAACCUGACCGUCUGGACGAGCAAUCUGACGGCGAUGCUACACCAGGUGCCAUGCAACGACAGCUUCCUGGGCUGCGUGGACGAUUGCGGGUCCGAUCUGUUGGGGUUCGAUCAUCUUUGCACGUCCGACAAAGGCACCUUUACUUCGUCGAUGUCGUUGCUAUGCAGGCCUUGCGAUUACUCCUGCGACGUGAACGUGUCGUUGGUCCUCAGCGGGUUCGAGAGCGUGGAGGGUGUCUUUCUGUCGAGGAUACCGAGGUUCAGGGAGUGCAACGAGACGGCGUUUGAGAACGAGAUCCUGGAAUGCACGCCAACGGGAAACGCGACGACGGUGGACCUCGCGGUGUCCUGUUCGCACCGGACGAAAUUAAGUUCGUCGACGAGGAGUCGCCGUUUCGACUGGAGCUUCCUGUUCGUGGCGGUGUUCAUCGUGGCGGGCGGUCUGGGCAAUAUACUGGUCUGUCUGGCCGUGGGUCUCGACAGGAGGCUGCACAACGUCACGAAUUACUUUCUUCUGUCGUUGGCCGUCGCCGAUCUCCUCGUCAGCCUGUUCGUGAUGCCGCUGGGAGCGAUACAAGGAUUCCUCGGGUACUGGCCGUUCGGCGUGCACUGGUGCAACGUAUACGUAACGUGCGACGUGCUCGCGUGCUCGGCGAGCAUAAUGCACAUGUGCUUCAUCUCGCUUGGUCGUUACCUAGGCAUCCGGAACCCGCUAAGAACGCGCCACACGUCCACCAAGCGAAUGGUCGGUUUCAAGAUCGCGGCCGUGUGGCUGCUCGCCAUGUUGGUCUCUAGUUCCAUUACAGUAUUAGGCAUAAUCAAUCCCGUGAAUAUUGUGCCACGGCCGGGCACGUGUAUGAUCAACAACAGAGCAUUCUUCGUGUUCGGCUCGCUGAUCGCCUUCUACAUCCCCAUGAUCGUAAUGGUGGCCACGUACGUGCUGACGGUGCCUUUGCUCAGGCAGCAGGCGCGUUUCGCCGCUGAACAUCCCGAAAGGGAUCAGUUCCGACGGCUAGGGGGCAGAUACUCCUCGACGAAGGCGUCUUCCACGACGUCGAGCACCAGCACCGCGACCACCGCCUCGUUGGCAACUAGACACGCUUGGAGGACUUCCGGCGGCGCUGGAAACGACAGGUGCAAGGGCACGAAGCAGAGUAAACCGCGGUCGACGUUGAAUUUCACUGUGAACGGAGCCGGAAGUCCGACCGGAAGCGCCGCUGGGACGAAACUGACGUCGAAAGUGGAUCAAGCCACUCAAACGCCGGAGAACAUUGCCCGCGAAACAAGAAACUUCACUCUGAGGGCCCUGAAGCUGCAACUGAACGUCACGCCUAACACCCUCAAUUUGAGGUUUCUAGCGGGCCGAACGAAAAGAAGAUCCUUGGCGGCGAACGCAGUGGCCACGGAGCAAAAGGCCAGCAAGGUGUUGGGCCUAGUGUUCUUCACAUUCGUCCUCUGCUGGGCGCCAUUCUUCCUUCUGAACAUUUUCUUCGCCGCGUGUCCCGAGUGCCCGGUGCCUGGCCACGUGGUGGACACGUGCCUCUGGCUCGGAUACGUAUCAUCCACCAUCAAUCCAAUCAUUUAUACCAUCUUCAACAGAACGUUCAGGGCUGCGUUCAUUCGAUUAUUGAAAUGCAAGUGUUCCAGGUCGGCAAGGCCACCGAGAUAUCGUUCUGUGACAGAGGGUGGUCGCAACGCGAUGAGCCUCUGCACCCCGACCGCCCUUCCACUGGCCAUUAGUCUUCAGGGUACGCCGUUGUUAACGCCGACGCCGAACCCGACGGCGACGCCAGCGUCAGGAAGUUCGUACGUGACGGUGAUGCAUCGCACCCCCAGCUCCCUUUACCGUGACACCUUUCACCAACACGAACACGACCAGAAUUGUUGAGUGCUCGCGAAACGAUCGAAUGGUAAAAUACCCAAACAUUUUGUUCCUUUCAUUCAAAACGAGACUAAAAAUUCGACUCCAUUUCUCGAGCUUCAAAUCACUCUAACAGCGAUUUCUCAUUACAAUCAUUCUAUUAUUAUACGACGAGCAAUUACUAACAAAGAAUUACUCCAAGUUGGAACAUGAACCCCACAUGUUCUGAAAACUUCCAAGUCGAAUUUAUUUUUAGAAUAGUAAUAUAGAAGCAUAAUUAUGGUGAACAAUUUCUAAAAAUUGGUGAUUCUUUUUAAAAAAAUUGUUGAAGAAGAGUCGCUGUUACUUUGAAUAUGAAUCACGAUUACUUUGAGGUUUUCUAAGUUUAAUUUAAUUAUUCUACGUGAAAUGUGACUGUUAUUGGAGAAUUAAUUGAUAUAUAGUAUUCAACAUCCUGUCCCUGGGACACCUUAGCUGUUUUUAAUCCGCAAGUCAUGGAUGCUGGUAAAUUAUAGGCGAAUAAUUAAUUAAAAUGACAAGUAUGCUCCAUCGAUCUAAUUCCAGUAAGCAUGGAACAAAAGCGUGACGUUUUGGGUAUUUUAUCAUAAGCUUGAUAAAUGGGAAGAAACUGUCCAAGGAAGUGCAACGUUGCUAAGCGUAUCAUUGAUAUAAUACAUGUCACGUAACUCUGCAUGUGUCUUAAUGCUCAAUUGUGGUAGAAAGCCAGCAAUGAACUGUGUAACCCCGAAGUACGAAGAAUAUAUCUGGAUGUGAUAAAAAUAUGUAUUACUUUAUUGAGGGUCAUCCUCGGAUUAUAAGAAUGACUACGAAAAAAUGCGAAGAGAUCGAUCAGUGC